AUGACGAGCUCAAAGGAGCUUCCUCCGGUCGUGGAGUUACUGUCACAACUUAUAUCAGUCGAAAGCACCAGCGAUGAAGAGCUUGAAGUUGGCAUAUUUCUGGAAGACUACAUGAAAGGGCUCGGGUAUACGGUCGAGAGAAUUGCCAUUGAACCGGGCUCAACACGACACAAUGUCUACGCAUAUUUGGGCGCCGAACGGGAGGCGCGCAUCCUGCUAACCUGCCACAUGGACACCGUGCCGCCCCACAUUCCGCUAUCGAUCGACUUAGACGCGGGAAUAGUGAGAGGCCGUGGAGCUUGUGAUGACAAGGGCCCUCUGGCCGCUCAAGUCAUGGCAAUCGAGGAGCUUCGAAAGGAAGGCAAGAUCAAAGAUGGAGACAUCAGUUUUCUUUUCGUCGUGGGCGAAGAGAAGGGAGGCCCGGGGAUGAUCGCUGCCAACGACAUGGGCUUAACCUGGGAGGCUGGCAUCUUCGGAGAGCCUACUGAGGGAAAGUUAGGGAAAGGUCACAAGGGCCAUGUUGUGUUCGAGUUGACGGCGACUGGAAAGGCUUGGGAGUAA